GGUCUGCUGCGAGGCUAGUAGAAACCCAGGUAAACGGUGGGAGACCGAAGACAGCACAACACGCCCAAACAAACCUCUCUCCCAUUUACCGUAACGUGGAUACUCCUUCGACUAUUUCUACAUCUCCUGCGUUUCAGAGUGGUAGUGAAAGCACCCAGGACUGAUACCGUUAUGUUACUUUGUGUUGAGAGAGAGACAGACGAAGAAAAUGUCUUGUUAAGACUAGUAGCCUUGCCACCUGUAGACGGCUGCGUGUUGAAAUUACCGUGUUGUGCUUGUGUUUUGGUUGACGAAAGUAAGCAGCGCUGACAACAGUUACUGCUUUUACUCCUUCAUAUUUAUACGUAAAGGCCUUGCGUGAAAUAGAAAAUGAAAGCCUAAUAAGAGUUUUUCCAUGGUGAAUACGGAUGAAUAUUCGUGAAUAGGCUAGCCUGCGUUCCACAGGACUGGAAGUAACUGAGAAUACCGACUGUUGAGAUUUUUCCAAAUUUUGUUCUUCCAUAAAAGCGGCCUUCAUAAAUAAAUAGCUAAAUUUUAAGUGUAGUGUAAAGCAAGACAAUAAAAAGCCGGAACUAAUAACAGAUUAAAUUAAGAGAAAGAAACAGACUUUGACGAGAUGGUGGUUCCACCCAGAGAGAGACGCACCACCUCGGGAUGGUGGGCUAUAGCCAUCCACGUUUUAGCCUUCACCCUGAUCACAAUCGGUAUGUUCACCACGUACUGGCUACAGGCCGAGAAUAAGGCCUACGGGACAAAUAUGGACCGAAUAGGCUUGUGGACGCAGUGCUUCAGGAGCCUCACUGUCACGAAGGACGUGCAAAGGGAAAGAUUCUUCGUAGGAUGCCGCUGGCUCUUCGAUCCCUUCACCACAGGAUAUGAGGAUGUCAGAGAAAUGUUGCAAACACCGUUCUUCGUCACAGUACAAGUCUUCUACACGUUCUGCUUCACUCUGUCACUGAUUGGAACUGGUCUGACGGGGAUCUUGGUCUUCUGCCCAGGAGAAGACUUUGAGAGGCCUGUCCUGAAGUUGGCCUACAUUGAUCUCUUCAUCUCAUGGGUAUUUGGAUUCAUAGCAGUCAUUGUCUUCGGAGCAAUGGGUGACAACAGAGACUGGAUGCCCCACUGGGAUCAUAACCAUCUGUCAUGGUCAUUUGGUUUAGCUGUUGUUGGCGUAGUGGCAGAAUUCGUGGCCGCCAUCUUGUUCCUGGUGGAAUAUCGUAUUCAGAAGAGAAAGGACUCCUACAGACAGAACCACGGGGUCUUCACCCUCGAAGGGGCCAAACACUAAGAAGCUCAAAGUAUUCGCGGAUAUGAGCGAUCCACUUCUGCAAUACGUCAAAAUAAUGUCUGUUGCCUCAAAGGGUUUUCACGAACUGGAAAACUCCAAGUUACAGAAGAUUUUGUUGGUUAACAUGAAUAGAUUUAUAGAAUGUAUAUAACAACUAGGGUGAGGGAUGACGCACUGCACUAUCUUGAUUCGUGCUCCAUGAAGGUAACUGAAUUAAAAGUAAGAAUUUUAUACAAAUUACAAAGUCAGGAGCUUGUAUCGUGUAUACAAGAAUCACCACAAACCCCUCAGUAUUAACGUUGUAUUUCCUCAAAACUUGUUACAAUUCAAGAAAACUUUUAACUCAUAAAAGCACUCGUUAAAAUCUGGAGAAAAUUCCACGAGGCCACUUUUAAUAACAGUAUUUCAUAAGGGCUGUAAGGUUAUUUUUUUUCACGUGAAGUGUUCAUGUUUAUCUUUGGGAAUGCACGUCCCACCAAAGCAGCAGUACCAGUCAUUCCUGUGUGGUGGACUUCCAGUGGCGUUAGUGUUGUGUUCAAUGGCGCAGUCGUUCACCCUCUGAACGAAUUUCAUUUAGUUUACGUUUACUUUAUUCAUGUUGCUAAGAAGCCCAUUUAAAACAUGGCAACGUCCAUUACGUCUAGUUAAGUUUCCAGUGCAUUUUUUUUCAAGUAGUACUCUAGUGUUGUUAACAGUCUGUCUAGCUUGCAGUUGCGUUGUCCUUUUUUCGAACUGCCUAGCAUUCAUUCACUUCUCUUUUUUUUCGAGUUUAAACGCUAUACAGGAUUCUAGAUUAUCUUACAGUCGCAAGUUUUCCCUUUCUCAUGUUUUGUCUAUUUUUUAGUUUAAAUGAAAAGGUUUCAAGUGUUCAAAGCCCACAACUGAUGACGGGUCCAGUGUUUUAAGGAAACGUGAAAAAUGCGUGCUUUGUUGCCAGGGAAUUUCGCUCAGUAGGCUUUGAGAGGCUGCCUCCGAAAACUUAAGCUGGGUGAGAGACGGGGAUUAUUAAGUCCAUUUGUUCCCCUUUUCGGCCUCAGUUUCUUUUCUGAUAGACACUGCCACUUUUCCAUCUUGUUUUCCGUUUAGCUGUAGACGCGGAUGCCGUGUGAUCUUAAUGAGUGCAGGCAGUUGAUGAUAGUUUGCGGAUUGUUUUUUUUUAUUACAUGAGACCGGAAUAGACAAGUCUAAUUGCCUGUGGCUCACUACUGCCAGGUCAAUUAAGAAAAAAAAACUUAAAUUAAAUAAUUAAAA